AUGACACUGACAACGAUUAAAGACGGCGAAUACACCACUGUCUACAAAAUGAUCAAAGAUGGGCGGUAUGGAGAGGCUAUCCACAUCCUCAGCAAUGAACUGCAGAAACAGAUGAAGUCACGGGCAGCCCUGUCUCUGCUAGGCUACUGCUACUACCACAUGCAGGACUUCACCAACGCAGCAGAGUGCUAUGAGCAGCUGACCCAGCUACACCCCGAGGUGGAGGAGUACAAGCUGUAUUACGCMCAGUCUCUGUACGGGGCCUGUGCCUACCCCGAGGCCAUGAAGGCUACCUUUCUAUUGGACAACCCUACCAGCCACACCAAGAUGAUCAAACUGCAGGCAUCCAUCAAGUACGGAGAAGAGGAGUACUCCGGAGCGAAGACACUGGUAGAGCAGCUUCCCCAGGACGACCCAGACUAUGAUGUGGACAUGGGCUGUCUACUCUACAAGGAGGGGGAGUACGAGGAGGCCUGCAAGAAGUUCAUGUCUGCCAUGCAGGUGCUGGGCUACCAACCAGAACUGUCCUACAACAUAGGUCUGUGUUACUACAGUAUGAAACAGUAUGGUCAGGCCCUCAAGUUCAUCGGAGAGAUCAUCGAAAGAGGGAUCAGGGAACAUCCGGAGCUGAGCGUUGGCAUGACGACAGAGGGCAURGACGUGAGGAGUGUUGGGAACACCCUGAUCCUACAUGAGACCGCCCUCAUAGAAGGCUUCAACCUCAAGGCUGCUAUAGAAUACCAGCUCAAAAACUGUGAUGCAGCUCAGGAGCCGCUUGACUGACAUGCCGCCCAGAUCAGAG